UUUUCUGAAGGGACCGUGGAAAAUAUUUCAUUUUUCUCCUCACCGGAGCAAUUGUAAAUGCUGUGCGGUAAGAGGAGUUACCUGUGGAAAGGUGGUUAAGAGAUUAGAUGAAGAUGGCUCCAAGGAGAGUAAUGAUCUGGCUACCACUGGGUUAAAUCACCCAGAGGUUCCAUACAGUAGUGGCGCCACAUCAUCCACCAACAAUCCGGAAUUUGUGGAGGAUCUCUCCCAAGGUCAGUUGCUUCAGAGUGAGUCUUCAAAUGCAGCAGAAGGCAAUGAACAGAGGCAUGAAGAUGAGCAACGAAGUAAACGAGGAGGUUGGUCCAAAGGAAGAAAGAGGAAGAAACCUCUUCGAGACAGCAAUGCACCCAAAUCCCCUCUUACAGGAUAUGUUCGGUUCAUGAAUGAGCGUCGAGAACAGCUUCGAGCAAAGAGACCAGAAGUCCCAUUUCCAGAAAUCACAAGGAUGUUAGGCAAUGAAUGGAGUAAACUGCCUCCUGAGGAAAAACAGCGCUACCUUGAUGAAGCAGACAGAGAUAAGGAGCGCUACAUGAAGGAACUGGAACAGUAUCAGAAAACUGAGGCCUACAAGGUCUUCAGUAGGAAAACCCAGGACCGUCAGAAAGGCAAAUCUCAUAGGCAAGAUGCAGCCCGGCAGGCCACUCAUGAUCAUGAGAAAGAAACAGAGGUAAAGGAACGGUCUGUUUUUGACAUCCCUAUAUUUACAGAGGAAUUCUUGAACCAUAGCAAAGCUCGGGAGGCAGAGCUCCGCCAGCUUCGCAAAUCCAACAUGGAGUUUGAGGAGAGGAAUGCAGCCCUGCAAAAGCACGUGGAGAGCAUGCGCACAGCAGUGGAGAAGCUGGAGGUGGAUGUGAUCCAGGAGCGGAGCCGCAACACAGUCUUACAGCAGCACCUGGAGACCCUGCGGCAGGUGCUGACCAGCAGCUUUGCCAGCAUGCCCUUGCCUGGAAGUGGAGAGACACCUACAGUGGACACCAUUGACUCAUAUAUGAACAGACUGCACAGUAUUAUUUUAGCUAAUCCCCAAGACAAUGAAAACUUCAUAGCUACAGUUCGAGAAGUUGUGAACAGACUUGAUCGUUAGGGAAUGGUCUUAGAGCUCCAAGAUGUUCCAUAAGUGUUUUUACUUGUAAGGAAUGAGAAGCCAUCCAUGGAAAUUUGAACUGAGUGGGGGUGGAAAAAGAGUGCAGAUCCCUUUGCUUGUGAAAGAAUUUUCAGUGAGUGAAAGGCCGUCACCCCAGGAAGCCAUAUGAAGGAGCAGCAACAUGUAUAUGAGCUUCCUAUGGAAUUGUCCUUCUGUGAAACUUUGAAGGUAUGCAGCCACUCUCCCAGGUCUUCAGGUUCCUACCAUUUCCAUUUCUGUUAAAGUGGAGCUGCAUAUCUUCAGCUUACUGGGUGACCCUGAUGCUGACAUCUGCUGCUGCAGAAAGGAAGACUUCUCAUGUUGUAAUUUCACUUAGACCCUUUUAUCAGUGGAGCUCCAGUUUUCUUACCUACUUGUCACUUUUUUAAAUGCCUCUGGGGGUUAUUUUUGCUUUUCUUGGCCCCCACCAAUUUAUACAUCUCCAUUUUCUGACCUCUGAACUUUGUUGCUCAGCAAGGUUCUGAAGGAGAGUUUCUUGCAUUAGACAGCCCCAAUCUUCUCCCAUCAUUGCCCUACUGUGACUCCAAAGAAAGGAGCUUCUUGUUGAUAGUGCCAUGUGGAGCAAGGCUAUGUUUCCUACCCCACAUGGUGCUCAGUGGGUACCAGUCUUA